AAUUCGAUUGACUUUUUUCCUUAUUUCGUAUCAAUAAAUGUCUUUCUCUUUUAUAUCUAGACCGGUUUGAAAAAUUUUUUCUUAGGAUUGAAGCGUUUGUUUGUUGUUUCGUGCAUAAAUUUCGGAACAUCCUGUGUUAUCUUAAAGAGAUGUACCCCAAAAAGAAGACGACAUUCAUAUUUUUUUGGCAACUUUAUUUCAUUGCUUAUAAGUUACACACGUUUCCGAAUACGAUCGAGUCAGCCAAAGUCACUGAUUUAAAACUACCGAGCAAUCUUAACGCCCUUGCGGUGAGGGUUGGUACUGACCUGACCAUUUAUGGAGCUUGCGCCACAGUUUAAGAAGAUCUAUGCUUGUAACACGGUGAUCAAUAAUGAAAAACAAGGGUUUGACAAAGCCCGAGCUUUCGUCCUUUAUUAUAAAGCAUGUUCUCCAAAUAAAUAAACGAUGUAGAAAAAUAAGUCAAUAAUCGUGACAAUAUCAAUACAAAACAAACAAAUUAUACUAGUAUUAAUUAAACUAAAAAAAAAGAUAAUUAUUAUUUUCUUUUGUUUUAAGGAAAUAUGUUUUAUGUCGGAUUUCUGUAUUCUUUGUUAAAAUUUAUUUUUAAUAUCCAAUUUUUAAUUUCUUCAACACUUUUUGAAUUUCUUAAGCUGCUGUAUUCACUUUGCGAGUUAAUAGAUAAGAAGCAAAGUUGCACAAGAAAAUUACAAUUGUAAAUCAAAUUCAUGACCCAUGUCGUGCCAUGUUUAUAAAAUAAAUUAAAAUUAUUAUAUCGUUAUAUAUGUCGUGACCAAAAAUAUUGUAUUUCUGAGAAACGUCUUUAACACAACCAUUUAAAGUGAAUUUGAUGGAGAAAAAUACUAUGUUUCAUAUGAAAACAAAGCAACUUCGAGUUGUAUCUUUAAAAAAAAUAUUUUCCAAAAAUUAGUCAAAUAAAAAGUUAUAACUUUUGAAAGCUACACCAUGUAUCCAGACGAAGUUACAACGACAAUUGUUUAAAAAUAUGUAUGAGCUUACUAUCGUUUUUAUAAAAUGUCAUAUUGGCACUGUGUCACAGUCUAAUAAUCGAUUUAUUGCACAAACGCGCGACUGAAUUGUUUUCUCACGCAAAGAAAUGAACAUAUACUGAACUGAGCCUAACAACUCCACGACGACUGAUAAAUAAAUUAACUCGUUGCGUCGAGUUUAAGUACUUUAAGUAGUUAUUCACGUUAAUAUAUUUUGACUCCACACGAGAGGAAUAUUUUUCGGUUCUGAUAUCUGCCGAAUGAUAUGCACCGGAUUGGGAGAGGUCAUAGUUCGUCCAGAUAAGUCCCACGAUAAACGAGCUUCCAAGAUACCGUUCAGUCUACAUUAAACAUCGAACAUGUGCGUUUAUCACUUCGCUUUAUCAAUACACUCAAAACGACCACGACUGCAGCGCGUUGCUAGUGCUAUUUUCGCCGUUUGCUGAACGAAAAUGUUCGACUUCCUCCUCAGCCUAACCCUGUUCAACGCGACGGUCUUACUAGUGCCAUUUUUCGUCGUCACUUACUUCGGUUUGAAAGCGUACAACUCCAUAUGGCUGAGCUGCGCGUCGUUCCUACACCCAGACGUGGAGUUCGUCCGAUACUCCACCGUACGCACCCUACUCGACACCCACAGAAACCAGGGGAUCGUAUCGGUGUUGUUGUCGGUGCGUGGUAGGGACCAUCCGGAAGCAGUCAAGCGCCACCUGCACGAGGUGGUAAAUCGCCGAGAAAAGUCCGGCAACUUGGCGUUCCCGCGACUUCAGCACAGUCUGGUGACGAGAUGCGGCAUAUACGCUUGGCAACGCAGCAAGUUCGACCUGGAGCAGCACGUCACUUUGGCCAAGUUUACCUACAAAGGUAGGGCCGUGACAGAAUUUAACAUACAGGAAUACGUGAGCGAGAUAAUCUCGAAAUACUUGCCGAGCGGGAUAUCCCCGUGGCAACUAAUCAUCAUCCCCACCUCCGAAGACCACCAUUACAUCCUACUGAAGAUACACCAUAUCUUGUUGAGCGAAGGGGUAAACAUCGGCGACCUGCUACCCCUUAUUCCUCCGACGCGACCGUCAACGGGGCCAUUCGUGUCGAAAAGCCCUUUGGUGGAGGUGGUCAAAAAACCGGUCGCGUUACCCACCAUGAGAGAGAAAUUGACAGAAGAAAUCUCGAACCAUUGGAACGAGUUCGUGGGCAGCUACGAUCCGCUGGAGAAGCCCGAACUGCUCAAAGACACGCCCACGUUGCGAUUGUUUCUGGCCGUCUGUAUCGUGACGUUGGUCGCCGUGAUCAGAGAGAGUCGCAAGGGCUUCAGGGUAGUCAAACCGGACUCGUUCUCCAAGCUCAAGUAUUUCUCGCUGACCAUGAUCAAAGAGACAAGCAAACGACAAGUUUCGCCAAAGAACUUUCUUCUCUCAAUUCUUAAAACUAUGAGUCCCGGCAAUUUAGCGAUGGUCCUGUUCGAACACGUGUGGUUUGCGGUCACGCUGUUCCCGAUUCGCCUCCCGUUGUUUUUGUACAGCGAAUCGAUGGCCCUUUACUAUUGUUUCAGUCUCAAAUACUGUCCUUAUCCGCAUACUCUGGUUGGGGUAUUUUAUACCUACGUCCCCUUGCUCGUUGGUUCUCUGAAGGAAGUGCUCGGGAUCCUCAGGCUUAUAUUCCUGGCCCCGAGGACGAUAAUUCAAGACAUACUCAUGCAAGAAGAAUCAAUGCAGACUAUCACCCUAUGCGGCAGAAAGGCAGUCGCGUGGAGCGAUCCAGUCAAGCUCGAAUCGAUCAAAAAUCUAGCCAAGAACUUGGGCGUGUCAGAGACCGAAGUGAUUCUCUCGUCUGUGGCGAUGUGCCUGUCGAAAUAUUUCAGCCAAGUGGAAGAUACCAUACCCAAAGAGCUGCCUAUAACCAUGCGCAACAUUAAUUCCAAUUAUCUUUUCGCUACUGGUCCUCAGGUCAAAUUCUACGAUUCCAUGAGUGGCAUCAUUUGCCUCAACCUGCCCGUCGUAGACCCUCAGUCUGACGUCACCCAAUUGGAAAACCUGAAACUGAUCGAAGGAAAAUUCAAGCUGGCAUUGGAGAAGCAAGGCGUGUCCCAUCUUCUGACCUCGUUGCAGACCAGGGCGGGGGUUCUAACGAUGUUCCUGCCGUCCACGUUCGCCAGCAUUUACCUCAAAUAUUUAUCCAGAAAGUACGUCGUGACCGUCACCGAACUGACCAAUAGAUACCCGAACGUCACCCAGAGGACUUUGUGGGGUCAAGAGGUGGACAGCGUCAUCUACUGGAGACCCCCUCAAGCGAAUACGAGCAUUUCCCUGUGCGUGAACGAAUACGCCGACCACGUUAAGUUGGGAGUUAUGUGCGACGCUCAGCUGGUGCCACACCAUCCGUUUUUGGCCAGGGGAUUCCCACAAUUUGUCAAGGCUUUGGAGGACGCUGUCAGCGUCAACGCGUGAUCUGUAUCAUCUGUAAUAGAUUUUUGUUUUAAUCGUGA